CGUUGGUGAAUUGACCUGGGAUAACAUUCAGUGAGACUUCCCGUACACUAUGCGACCAGCCCUAAGGCAAGCCAGGACGCUGCUGAACCAUGAAGCCUCGGUACCUCUCUUCCUCUGUCCCGCCCUGGUCAGAGCGCCCAUAGCCUCUCAUCGCCGUCGAACGCCGCAGAAAGAACCUCUGCAGAAGUACUCAACUUUUGUAGCACCUCAGGAUCAAAUCAAUGCCACCGCCCUUCCUCUCGAUACCAGCGACGCUCCUUCCAGUAAAUCUUCACCAGACACAUCCUCAACCCAGAGGUCAUUGCCACGGGCAUGUCCAGGAUGUGGUGCGCCAUCCCAGAUAUACGACAAGAGGGAGGCCGGGUACUACGACGUAGACCGGAACUCGAUACGGGAAUACCUUGACGGUGUCCAAAAGGCAAAAGAAGCGACUGUGGAGGACGACAUAUAUGCCAAGGCGCUCAAGAAUGUGAAUCCUGAGCUGCUCGGAGAAUUGGGGCUUCAGGAUGAAAGCAUCGAAACAAAGCCAGAUCACGAAACGCCGUCCACGCCCAUAUGCGACCGAUGCCACAACCUCCUGCACCACCGCAAAGGAUCGCCUAUACACCACCCGACCGUCGAAUCCAUACAGCAGACCAUCGCAGAGUCGCCCCACCGCCGCAACCACAUCUACCAUGUCGUCGAUGCCGCCGACUUCCCGCUGUCCAUAGUCCCAAACCUCCAAUCGUCCCUGCGGAUACCCAAACUCCGGACCCAGAAUCGGCGCGCAAAACACAAGGGAUGGGUCGCCAACGAUCGCAUUGCAGAGGUCAGCUUCAUCAUCACGAGGGCUGACCUGCUUGCGCCAAAGAAAGAGCAAGUGGACGUAUUGAUGCCAUACAUCCGAGACGUACUUCGAGAUGCACUGGGACGACAGAACGCGAAUGCGCGACUGGGCAACGUGCGGCUUGUGAGCGCAAAGCGGGGAUGGUGGACUAAACAAGUCAAAGAAGACAUAUGGGAGCGCGGAGGUGCAGGCUGGAUGGUCGGCAAGGUCAACGUAGGAAAGUCGAACCUCUUCGAAGCUGUCUUUCCGAAAGGGCGAGGAGCAGACUACCAAGACGUGCGCAAGAUACGGAGCGCAGCCGAGCGUGAGGCAAUGCUCAGCAACGCAAAGUCGCUGGAAGAGCUCACCCGGGUACAACAAUUGCUCGCUGAAGAGGACGCCGAGACGGAGCGACUAAAGACCAGACCUCAACAACAUCUUCAUCAGCCUCCUGCAGAACUCGAAGAACAAGCCGAAGAAGAGGAUUUUGACGACCCUGACGCACUCCUCCCACCACCUCAGCCAUACACACCAUAUCCCGUCCUCCCAAUCGCCUCCUCACUGCCCGGAACUACCGCUUCUCCAAUCCGCAUUCCCUUUGGCAACAACAGAGGCGAACUCAUCGACCUCCCCGGCCUCGCCCGCACAACACCCGGUCUAGAAACCUUUGUCCAACCCGCCGCCCACGACGACCUUGUAAUGAAGAACCGCAUAAACUCCGAGCGCUACACCCUCAAGCCCGGGCAAUCUCUCAUCCUCGGCGGCGGACUAAUACGCAUCACACCCUCGACCCCCGACCUAGUCUUCCUCGUCCACCCCUUCGUCCCUAUCCACCCCCACGUAACCCGCACCGAAAAAGCCAUAGACUACCAAGCGCAGACCUCAGAGCGCCAACUCCAAGUCGCACCCAUCCUCGCCCCCAACGUGGGCCCCAAGAUGAAUUCCGCUGGUAAAUUCCAGCUCAAAUGGGAUGCGACCAAGAAACUCGCUGGUCCCGUCACCUCCCCCGUGGCGGGCAAGAUGAAGCCCGAGAAUCUGCCCUUCCGUGUCUGGAGCACGGAUAUUUUGAUCGAGGGUGUAGGUUGGAUAGAAGUCAGCGCGCAAACACGCCGACCCCAGGGCUGGAAGCCAUCUGGCCUCGAGAAGAAAGACCCAAAUCAAGCGAAAUUCGACCGCAUCACGCGCCUCAAGGAGGAAGAAGAACGCAAGAAUAGAAAGUUCGCUGCACUUGCCCGUGCGGAGGAGCAAGGUCGGGAUGCGGAAGAAGUUCUCGAAGAAGAGUUUUACGAAGACGAUAUGAGGGAUCGGAUGGCGGAUUGGGAGGAGGACUAUCCUGAAGUGGAGGUAUUUAGCCCGCUGGGCAAGUUUGUUGGACAGAGACGACCGAUGUGUGCGAGUACGGUUAGUGGGCCGAAGUAUGUCGCGAGUAGGGAUAGGAAGGUUAGGCCGAGGAGGAGUAUGGUCAGUGUUAAGAAGCAGCGGAAGCCGAAGGGCGGUGAGUAGGUCGCUCAGAUGCAUAUGUAGAUUAGUUGUGUAUAUUAGGCAUAGGAAGGACGUGUUGCGAACGUGAUUACGACGUCAUCACAUCUGCGAGAAGACGGUGGAGCUGAACGUUUAUGCUAAUGAUAUUCGUCUACGCCGUAUAAACUCCGUAAUGCGUCGAUUCAGUUACGUCAACUUUCUCGUCUCCAGGACAAUCGCGUCUUCCAUACGCCCAUUACGCCAAUCCAAUGUCCUUCUUUCACCUAUAUCCAAUACAGAUCUACUCCAGCCCUCUACUCAAAAGCUUCCUACGUUGCGCAAUUAUGUUCCACACCAUGCCGUCAUGU